UUAAGCUAUUAAUUGAUCGAAAAACGACAUAUCGGCUACAUAUUUACGCUGUAACCGCGUAAAGCUCCUCAUUAUUUUAUUUUUUCCUACACUGUAUAACCGCCUGUCCAUCCAUCUAUCACUCCCGCGUGCGCCCACAGGUGUGGUGACGAUGACAACGCGGAAGUGUGUUGUCAACAGCGUAGCGAGCCGCUGGAGUCAACUGUCCUCAGUCAGACACCAUGUCCAACAAAGAAGAUACCAGAUACUGUCACCGCUUCUCCUACCUUUUAAUCAAAUUCAUCCUGUUCGCCUAUGCCAUCGGCUGUUGAUAGGCGGCUUCAUCCUGGCCAUUGGCAUCUAUGCUGAGGUGGAGAGACAACGCUACAAGACGCUGGAGGGAGUGUUUCUGGCCCCGGCUAUAAUCCUGAUCCUCCUGGGAAUCAUCAUGUUUAUUGUUUCACUCAUUGGAGUCUUGGGCUCACUGAGGGAUAAUCUAGUCCUGCUGAAAGUGUUCAUGUACACCCUGGCUGUGUGUCUGAUCCUGGAGCUGCUGGGGGGAAUAUUAGCGCUGGUGUUCCGCAACCAGACGGUGGAGUUACUGAACAAGAACAUCCGAAAAGGAAUAGUGAACUACUAUGAUGACCUCGACUUCAAAAACAUCAUGGACUUUGUACAGAAGAAGUUUAAGUGUUGUGGAGGUCAGGAGUAUACAGACUGGUCAGUCAACAUGUACCACAGUUGUUCCGCACCUGGUCCGUUGGCCUGCGGAGUCCCUUAUACCUGCUGCAUUACUACUAAGCCUAAUGAAGUGGCCAACACUCUGUGUGGGUACAAAGUGAUGGAAAAAACGCGUUUGGAGUUGAUUGAGGUCAUCCAUAUCAGAGGCUGCACUGAUGCUUUCUUCAUCUGGCUUAUGGACAACUAUAAGAUUAUGGCUGGACUGCUUUUAGGGAUCCUAUUGCCUCAGUUCUUUGGUGUGUUAGUCAGCUGGCUGUACAUCACUCGUGUCGAAGACGCCAUCAGUGAGUACGGUCACUAUAUGGACCUACUGGACUCAAGCGCACAAACAAGACAAGCCAAGAGGCAGGGACACAUGGCCAAAUGGUUUAAAUGUAUGCCAGAGAUGGACUGAUGGAGGCAAAAACAGCAGCGAAUGGACUCGAGCCAACACUCACAGUUGGUUAAAUUACUCCAGUGGAUCCAGAUACAGCUGCAGCCGCCUGCCUUUGAACUGCAGGUUUUCUACACGCUCCCUCCACUGUGGAGGAAUAAAUGUAUUGAUGUUAUGUUUUUUAAGAAGGAAAUGAAACCAGAUUAUUGCGAGUUUGAUAUUCAAGUGUUCCUUUUUCAGUUUUAUUGUUAACUUACUGUUUGUAUCCAACACAAAAACAUUCGCAGGACCCACUUUGGUUAAUUAUUAAUGACUGUGUUAACAUGCAGUGUACUAAUGCAUUAGUGGGUUCAUUUGGAUAGGUGCUUUUAGCUGCAUAGUGCCUAAGAGAGUCUCAGGGAUAAACGCAGACACCAGUACAACCACUCUAGCUCCUUGUUUUAUAAUAUAACGUGAAAUUAAUCUGUUUAGUUCCAUCACAUAGCCAGAAUAUACAGCACUGACUUUUCUUACUUUUAUACCUGUAUUCAUUCAUUGUUUGUUUUUUAAAACCAAUAAAAGCAUUGCUCAGCUCUUCCAUACAACCACUGAUGAAGCCGGUCCAUUAUCCAACCACUACUGUUGCCAUAAACUAUGAUGCAGGCUAUUGUUAGCGAAGACACUAUUUAGGUCAUCUGGAAGCAGGACAUGUUUGCCUUAUUUGUAUGUAGUGACUAGAAAUACUCAAAGGUUUGAGACUGAAAUGAAUUUAUAUGUAAGUUUGUAGUAGUAGUGCUCACAUUUGUUUUAUCAGAGACUUAACUUUGACUUUUCAAAAUGCAUUUCCUGUUCAUCUUCACUCAGUUUACUGAUACAAUGAGGAGAAAAGGCUGACCUGGCACUGUAGGGCCUGAUGGUAUGUUCCAUUUUCACUGGGAAUUCGGAAUUGCAGAAAUUUGUACUCGAACGCUCACUUAGGUCAGAUUUCUGACUCGUUAAGUCAUAUAAGUUGGAUGAACCUCACCAACCCUGACUACUAGGUUGGCUGCAGCUGGAGCAGCCACAUGCCUUACCCACCUGGAGAAAAUGCAAAGUUAGGGUUUAGCUAGCUGUGAAGUAUUGGGUUAAAAUAGAGGUGGUUAUUGCUAAAGGAAUACUUCAACCACCAGAUGACCAUUUGUAUAUCAAUUACUCAGGUUUAAGAUAAGUUAUUAAGUUUUAAUUUGUGAAGAAAACCCAGUGGCAUUCAUUUAAAUACAGCAACCAUGUCUCCUUUAAAGUUAUUUGCUAGUAACCUUCAAAAACAAAUCAAUCUGUGAGACAUGUAUUCCACCUGAAUUUCAUUUUUCAGCAUCAAGGCAAAAUAUUUUUAAGGAACAAAUCCGAACAAGUCACAAAAUGUUUACACGGAAUGUACCUGAAGUCUUGUGCUUUGCAGGUCCUUUAUCCACCCUGACCACUCUCCUGCAAAUUAUCCUAUUAUGUUUAAUAAAUGUUGCCACUGAACAAAAUCCAGGCAAUGAUUACAUUAUCUAAAAAAUCAGCAAAAUGAAUCAAAAGUGUGAUUUCCAGGAGACGUGUUGCCUAUAAAAAUACCAAAAUUGGCUCUCCAAGAAUUACUGUAGAUAAAAUUACCUUAGAACAUCCACAACAGAUAAUCCAGUGUGAUUUUCAGUUUUACAGUUCUACCCUCAUCAUAAGUGAAAAAUGUGAAUUUAAUGUGAAACUGAACUUUGUUUGGUUUGAUGUGAAGUUGGAAACUGAGACCAAAUACGUACCUUUUUGAAGUAGAUUCUUUUUAAUUCACAUUACCCUUCCUUUGUGUUUUUAAGUGACUUCACUCUACAUUCUCACUGAUACAGUAUUAUAGUAUACUGUACUGUACUUACAUCACUGCCAAAACAUGUUUGCAAGCAUUUCUAGUUGAUUCUACUCAGUUACAUUUUGUAUUCAUUAGGAUACAAGGUUAAACAGGUUACCAUGUUAGCCCUAUUUGCACUGCAGGGUCAAAUAGAGGUUGCCAGAACUUUAUCCUUGUACGUAUGAUUACAUAUCAGGGCCAAAUAUCUCCUUCCAAAUUAAAAUAAUUCAGCUUUUGUACAUGUUUCUGUAGAAAAGAAUUAAAUUUGAUUUAAAUGUUAUUACAUGUUGCGUUGUCUCCAGUCUCUGAACCCAUCACCUGUCAGUCUGACAGUGAAUAAGCCCAUGGGGACACCUGCCAGCAGAUGGCCUGGAUAUCCAUUAUCCAGACAAGACUUCCUCUUCUGUGCACCAUUUUGGCUAAUCUCUAUAAACUGAUAUCUACAUUUGAAUGCAGAUUUUUAAAAGAAACAAAAAAAAAAACAGGCUAAUCUAAAGCUAUGUCAUGGUCAGACAAAAGCUAAUGGGUUCAGAGAGUGCAUCUUGGUCAAUGUGUUUUGCCUCUUUUGCUCUCCACACAGAGUUUUUCCUACCUGUAAUUCAAACAUGAUUGGUCACUACUACUCAGACUACAAACCAGACCGCUUCAGAUACCAAACUCUUGUCCCUCACCCUGAUUUGUUCUGUCAGGCCUCAGUUAUAAGAAUCCUUUUAGUGCUUAACUGUAACAUUAUCGGCUGGUGAGUUGAAGGUAAAAGUUAUUUGUAUGUAAUUAAAUAAUUGAGGCUUUAUUUAAUAUGUGCCACACUUACUACCUACAUUUUGCUGUAUGGGCUGUGUUGUUUUAUGAUGUAAUGGCUUGGAAGUUAAGACUUUUUUUGGGGGUUUCCACCCAGGUCACUUCAUUUGUCAGCCUCAGUAAAUCAGGUGUAUCUAAUGAUAAUGAGUUAAAAGGAGCGUCUUGGCUAAUUAACAACACAUCACACAUUUGAAAGCCUCACUGGUCAGUCCAGAACAUCAGGGGAAUUGGCAGUCUAAAACUAUUUGGAUAUGACUACAGAAUGAUGACACCAUCUGCAUUCAGAUUGGCUCCCUAAAAGCGUAGUUUUCACUGUGCAAUCCUGUCUGCCUGCGGGUACGGUCUCCUGGGAAAAUAUAGCGCCUUUCUUUUCCCCGCUAGCUAGCAGUAACUAUUCCCAGUUACCAAAGAGGAUCAGUGUACGUUCUUUGCAGGGACUAUCCCCCAUAACAGAAAUGCUGAACAGUGAAACAACAGGAAUACGUGUGGAAUCUGAACCCUGUAAAAGAAAAAGAGCCCCUUGCUAGGCUCUGAAGAAAACGAAGGGUGAUCUGGUUGCCUCUACUUACAACUUGGAAACACCUUGUGAAGCCUAAGCAUACUGUGCAAUUUAUAACCAAAGAACGUGUACAGCAUUUAAGAUGUUUUUUAAGUAUGCCACAUAAUAUAAAGUAAUGAUGAACUUUCUGUAAAUAUCAUCACUGUUUUCUACAAUUACAAUAUGUACCAAAGUGCCAGUGUAGUCCCUUUAUAGGAAUAGGAUGGUCCUAUUAGUUCAAUAGUUAUAAAGACAUCCAGCACACCACCCUUCAGUAUGCCAUGUACUGUGUGCACAUCAUCUGUCAUGUGCUGUAUACAAGGAGUGCAUACAUUCAGUCUGUGGGUGGCCUCACUGGGAGUUGCAUCAUCUGUCCUUAAAACUUAUCGUCACCGUCAGUUCAUUAAAAUGCCUGAAACUGCACUAAUUGAAAAAGUGUGUUGUCAAGUUGUUUUGCCUGGUUGAGGGUGGAGAAUAAAAUUAAUUAGAACUGUUCUGUUGUUUAUCUUUGAGUGGACUGUAACACUGAAUAAAUCUUCCUGUACAGAGAUAUUUGGAGGUUUGGCUCUUGUUAAAUAAAUGAUGAUACAGUAUCAUGCUGUGUAUGUACGAGUCACAAGCAGUGUCUAAAUAUUUCAUGCAAAGGUACGCACACAUGUAUGUGUACAGCUCUAGGUAUGAAUCUAAUAUAGAUGGAAAUAUAGUGCAGACCUUGUCAGAGGA